CUUCCUGUCUUAAGCUUCCUGCUUAGCUCUUUAAAGCUUCCUGCUUAGCUCUUCGCUGUUGAAGUUUUCCUCCAUGAGGAGAGACGUUUGUAUAGAGGAAACUGAGUACUAUCAGCUUCACUACAUGGAACAAACUUUAGGACAAUCCACGAACACUUUUCGGACUCUAUGAUUCGGGCAAAAACAACGAUAUUUAUACGUCCACCGCCAAAUCCUGAAACAUGCAGGACCCAAACAGACCUCAGCGUAAAAUGUCAACAGCAGGAGACAGCUUGUACAAACUCCUGGGGCUGGAGAAAGGAGCAUCUCCAGAAGAAAUAAAGAAGGCAUACAGGAAACUGGCGUUAAGGCAUCACCCCGAUAAGAACCCGGACAACCCAGAAGCUGCUGACACAUUCAAAGAGAUCAACAAUGCCAACUCCAUCCUCAGUGAUGAGAACAAACGGAAGAUCUACGACGAGUAUGGAUCCAUGGGCCUCUAUGUGGCUGAGCAGUUUGGGGAUGAGAGUGUCAAAUACUACUUCCUCAUGUCCAAGUGCUGGUUCAAGACCCUUGUGGUGUGCUGCUGCUUUUUCACCGGCUGCUGCUGUUGCUGCUGCUGCUGUUUCUGCUGUGGGAAGUGUAAAAAGCCAGCAGACGGGGAAGACUUUACCUAUAUGGACCCAGAGGACCUCGAGGCAGAGAUCAAAGAACAGAAUCCAGCAGGAGACCAUGUAAUAGUUAUUCAGCCGAGCCCUGGCACUUCAGAUAAUGGUGUCACCCCAUCAGGUGAAAAUGCACCCAUUGUGAUUCAGCCUCAUGCAACCAACGGCGCCUUGGGAACCAAGGGAGAGGAGUCCUGAGAAAUCCACAUCGCCAUCAGCGCUGCAAUGAUCUUUUUGAAAGAUGAUGAGUAUACAUGUUGGGUUUGAAUGUGGCUGACAUGCAGAAAACAUUCAUCUCCAAGGCGUUUGUUUAAAAUUAACUAAGCAGCGAUUCGAUAGUGCCAUAUUCGCUCUAGUGCCAGUGGGUUUGUCUUUGAUCCAAUCUAUUUAUUUUUUAAACUUUUUUUUUUUUUUAAAAGGUGGUAUUGGGACUGCAUUUCAGUGACCUGACAAGCCAUGCAAAUCAAAGCUCUGGAAUAUUUUUUUCUUCAUGUGCACUUUUAACGUCAGUUUAAAAUCCUAAGGCUGCCACGACUGUCUGAGAUAUUUUUAAAAUGCAACUUAAUAGCAAGGUUCCCGAUUAUUAAAAGCCAACCACUCGGAGAUUUAAGCGUUGAGUCAUACUGCACAUAUUGUAGAAAUAAAAUAAAGGGCUUAUUGAAAUGAUGUACAUUAUAUUGUGAUUAAACCAAACCGUGUAUUUAAAAUGUUUGGAUGUCCACUUGUGUAUUCAACAGCUUGUAAAUAGCACAAUUAGAAUAAAUAAAGUGAUGCUGACAGGCA